AGUGGCGCGGGUGCUUCCCGUGAAGGGUCUCCCUCCGAGUUGCGAAGGGGAGGUAAUUUACUCAGAACAAGGGGCCGCCUUUGCGAAGUAUAAAUAGUGAGACUUCAAGCGCUGCGUUGCUAUCAGAUCUGAACUCUCUGCAGGAAGAAUUGUCAAAGAUCUUAACAUUGAACAAGCGCGCUCCGGCAGGGAAGCAUCAGUUCCCAUUUCCCUCCCGCGGCCCCCGCCCCUUCCCUCUUCCUCUUCUUCCUCCUCCUCCUUCACCUCCUCCUCUUCUUACUUCUUUUUCUCCUUCUACUUCUCCUCCUCUUUCUUCUUUCUUCUCUUCUUUUUCUUCUUCUUCCUCCUCCUCCCACUCCUCCCCCACCCCUGUCCCAUUGAUGUGUUAUUAUUGGGGGGGCUGGAGCAGUAAAAAAAGAAGAAGGAAAAAAAGAGCUGGGCUCGGCUGGGAGACGUUGAGCGCGGGGCUGACGGGCAUUGGCGGCGAUGGAAGAACUUACGGCGUUCGUCUCGAAGUCUUUUGACCAGAAAGUGAAGGAGAAGAAGGAGGCUAUCACGUACCGGGAGGUGCUGGAGAGCGGACCGCUGCGCGGGGCCAAGGAGCCGACCGGCUGCGCGGAGCCGGGCCGUGACGACCGCAGCAGUCCCGCAGUCCGGGCGGCCGGCGGAGGCGGCGGCGGCGGAGGAGGCGGAGGCGGAGGUGGAGGAGGUGGAGGAGGUGCAGGAGGAGGAGGAGCGGGCGGAGGAGCUGGAGGAGCGCGCUCUCCCGUCCGGGAGCUGGACAUGGGCGCCGCCGAGAGAAGCAGGGAGCCGGGCAGCCCGCGGCUCACCGAGGUGUCCCCGGAGCCGAAGGAUCGCAAAGAGGAUGCGAAAGGGAUGGAGGACGAAGGCCAGACCAAAAUCAAGCAGAGGCGAAGUCGGACCAAUUUCACCCUGGAACAACUCAACGAGCUGGAGAGGCUUUUUGACGAGACUCACUACCCGGACGCCUUUAUGCGUGAAGAACUGAGCCAACGGCUGGGGCUGUCCGAGGCCCGAGUGCAGGUUUGGUUUCAAAAUCGAAGAGCUAAAUGUAGAAAACAAGAGAAUCAACUGCAUAAAGGCGUCCUCAUAGGGGCUGCCAGCCAAUUUGAAGCUUGUAGAGUAGCACCGUACGUCAAUGUAGGUGCUUUAAGGAUGCCAUUUCAGCAGGAUAGUCAUUGCAACGUGACGCCCUUGUCCUUUCAGGUUCAGGCGCAGCUGCAGCUGGACAGCGCCGUGGCGCACGCGCACCACCACCUGCACCCGCACCUGGCCGCGCACGCGCCCUACAUGAUGUUCCCCGCGCCUCCCUUCGGACUGCCGCUCGCCACGCUGGCCGCGGACUCAGCUUCUGCCGCCUCCGUCGUGGCCGCCGCGGCUGCCGCCAAGACUACCAGCAAGAACUCCAGCAUCGCGGAUCUCAGACUGAAAGCCAAAAAGCACGCGGCCGCCCUGGGUCUGUGACGCCAACGCCAGCGCCAACGUCGCGCCUGCAGCGCGGCGCGCAGCCUGCACGCCCUCCGAGCCCCGCUGCUUCUCCGUUACCUGCUCCGGACCUCGGGAGCCGAGCCUCUUUCCGCCCGCUGAUUGCCCCUUGCCCCAUUCCGCAUCCCGGACUCGGAGGGCGUGACCUGGGAUCCCAAGAAGGGCACCAGCUCCGUGGCUUCUGACCAUUCACCUACCCAAGGGCCCAGAAUUUGGCUUUGUAGGGCUGGGUUUGGGAGGUCUGGAGAGAGACUGGACAAGGGAGUGCUGGGACAGCGGAGUGUGUAGCUCACGGCAGAACUGCGACGAUGGACUCUUGCGUAGAAAUAAAAAUCCUGUUAAUAAAAAAUGAGGGGAAAAAAAGUAGAAAAGACAAACCAGAGAUAAACAGAGAAAGGGAACUUAUUGCUAUUCGUCAGAAGCUGAAAUCGGAGAGAGAACCAAGGAACAAAAAAAAAAAUUUUGAAGUAUUUUGUACAUUAAAUAAUAUGGAAAAAGAACCUGGACGAAUCUCGAGAGAAUUGGGGCGGCGGUGGGGGGGGGGAGUUACCAACUUAAAGUGUAUGUUUUUUAAAAUGGGCUAAGAAGGCAAAACAGAAGGAAGAGGUAUACUUAUUUAAAGAAUUAAGAUGAAAAAAAUGUACGCAGCUGGGAAGUUCACAGGUUUUGAAACUGACCUUUUUCUGCGAAGUUCACUUUAAUACAAGAAAUUUGAUAAGAGAGGCGGGCCUCCUUUUACGUUGAAUCAGGUGCUUUGAGUUAAAAACCACCAGUAUGGAAGAGCAAGAAGAGGGAAGACAGUAUAAAAACGAGGAGAGAAAAAAUAUUAAUACAAAAAUGAUACCACAGACGAUGAUUUCUCUGAGAAAAUUAUUAUGGCAGAACUGUCCAGACUGCUGACAGUAAAUUCCGGUUUGCAUGUUACUUGUAUUCCAUUGAUGGUGUCUCCCCCCUCCCCCGCUUUACUUACAUGCACUUAACUCCAUUUUCAUUUUCAGUAUAAAAACAAUACCCAAAGCAUCUGGAAAUUGAUAUAUAUAUAUUUCUAUCUAUAUUUAUUUUUGUCCCGUCUUUAAUGCUGGGGGACAAAAGAAAAAAGUCUGAAGGGCAAAAAAGUUACACUCUGAUUGUCCCAAGACAACAGAGGCAGGUAGAAAAUGUGAGAAAAGGAAAAAGAAAAGAUAAAUGGAACGGUGAAGGUACAGCGCCUCACGUGGUGCCUGAUACAUAGUGGGCGCUCAGUGUUAAGUCCCCUCUCCUCCCCCUUUUCUUGUAUUCCCUCUUGCAGAUUUCCUAAAGUCCUAUUUGAGGACCGUGCUUUAUUUCCCCCUCUCUGUCCCAUCACACUCACUUUAAACAACACCCAGAUAGAUACAGGCACUAAGUUUGUGUAAAAUAUGUUGAUAAACACGAACAAAGUUUAUUUUGGCUAUAACGUGUGAACUGAUAGUUGACUUUCAACAUUUGCAUUUUAUCUCACAAGGAUGUAUAUUCAAGUAAUAUUUUUGUUUGUCUCAAUUCAUGUAGCUAUUUAAACUGGGAUACCCUGGACUAAGCAAUCUGUAUCCCAAUUCUCUAAAAAAAGCCUCCUUACUUUUUGGGUUUUUUUUUUUUUUAAUCCCUUAUACAAGAACGAGGAAAAGCUCUUUUAGCUGAACUUUGGUAUGCGGUUGAGCUUUGUAACUAUUUGUUCUCCAUGAAAACAAAAUUAUUUAUAUUUGCCAUAUUUUUUCUAGUGUAUUAAGUUAUUUUAAACAAAAGAAGAUUCUGUUAU